AUGCCUCGUCAUGUUGGUGUAGUUCCUCCUCCGCCGGGAGUCACACCAGACUUCGAUUACUCGAAUCCAUGGCUUUAUGAGGUCAAUAUGGUCUUGAUCAGUGUUGGGUUGGUCUUCAGUUUUAUAUUUCUCGUCCUUCGGAUAUAUACCAAAACGAAAAUAUUGCGCAAGUUCGGAUGGGAGGAUGUGUUCAUUGUGCUCGCCUGGAUAUUUUCGCUUGGGACGCAAAUAACUUCUAUCUAUGGAUACCAACAUAGCGGCGUUGGAAUUCAUAUGUGGAAUGUCACUGAAGAGAUGUUCGCCACAUAUCAGAAGGUCAUCCUCGCCGCCGCCGUCGUAUAUGUCCCCGCCCUCGCCUUCGCGAAAAUGAGUCUCGUCUUCCUCUACCGUCGUAUCAUGGAAAAACAGCUCGCUUACACUUGGGCACUACACAUCAUCACUGCAGUCGUAUGCGGCUACAGUCUGGCCCUUAUAUUUGCGUUGAUUUUCGCAUGCAAUCCCAUCGCCAUGACCUGGGAUUUAAGUAUCACAGAUGGAAGUUGCAUCAGCCGCGAGGGCUUGUAUAUCGCAACCGCCGUGACGAAUAUCGUCACAGACUUGGCAUUGAUAUUACUCCCCAUUCCUCUGGUAGUAGGACUUCAGAUGCCGGGAAUUCAAAAGUGCUACCUUAUCGUGGUCUUCGUUGUUGGUUGCGCAACUGUCGUGACCAGCAUACUCCGUCUAGCAACAUUAGUUCCCUUCCUCACUACGUCGGAUAUCACUCACGAUCUGGCUUGGCCACAGCUCUGGAUUAACGUGGAAGCAAAUCUCAUCGUCAUCUGCCCUUGCCUCCCCUCUCUACGGCAGUUUAUGAGACAUCAUGCUCCCGGAUGGAUGGGUGAGGCAGGUAGCAGUGCACGCCGCUAUUUCACGCCCAACUCGACAAGCGCUUCGCGCAACCGUUUCAAAACGACAGGGUCGCGUCAACCGGAUGAGAUUGCACUCACGGGAAACGGCGAGAGUAUUGGUAGCCGCUCCCGUAUUGUCAAGGAGGUCGCAUGGAAUGUGACGGAGGAGAGGAUGGAUGAUGACUCCGAUGGUUCUAUCAAGCGAAAGCCUGCCAAUUCGUUCGCAUACGAGACAUGA